AUGAGCUCGGCCCGCACCCCCCCGGCCAUGAGCGGCUCCCCCGGGCCCGGCCCCGCACGGCGCAGCUCCUUCCUCAUCCAGGACAUCCUGCGGGAGCCCGAGCGAGCCCCGGGCAGCGGGAACGAGGAGCGGGGAGCGUGCCGGCGAGGGGAGCGGCGCGGCCACGGGAGCGCCCCCCGAGCGACCCCAGCCCAGCGGAGCCCCCGGGACAGCGCGGGGAGCAGAGCCGGGUGGGAAUUUCUCUCCCAGUGGGAAUUUUUGUCCAAGUGGAAUUUUUAUCCGAGUGGGAACUUUUGUCCAGAAGCGCCGCCGGGGCCGUUCCUGCCCGAGCGCGGCCCCUCCGCGGCCCCACCGCCCCCCAGGCCGGGCAAACGCUCCCGAGCCGCCUUCUCGCACAGCCAGGUGAUCGAGCUGGAGCGCAAAUUCAGCCACCAGAAAUACCUGUCGGCCCCCGAGAGAGCGCACCUGGCCCGGCACCUGCAGCUCACCGAGACCCAGGUGAAGAUCUGGUUCCAGAACAGGAGGUACAAGACCAAGAGGAAACAGCUGGUGGCCGGGAUGAGCCGCUCGGACUCGCGCCAGGAAGCGCCAGAAUUCCCGGGAAUGUCGCUGCUGGCGCUCAGGGCCGCCUGGCCCUACCUGCCCUGCCUCUACUACGUCAACUCCUGGAGCCCCUCCUGGUAG